AAAUUAAGCCGAGUUAACUCAAUUAGCGGAUUACGUUCGGACCAAAAAUUCUAACGUUAACCUUCUAGGAAUCUGCACAUUGUCGUUCCAACUUCCUAAACUGUCAACUUGGAGCUACUACUGCUGCAUACACAAUUAAAAAUAAAAAAAUAAUUCACUAACUGUUCCUGUCUCUGGAGUCAAAAGAUUACCAGCUUCUCUUCAAUUUCCAAUCCAUGAACCAAAAUCAACAAACCCUAGCUUUUCAAUGUCCCUCUGUAACUCUCUCAUAAUUCUCUUCAAAUUAUUCCUAUGUCUCUCCCUAGCCCCAAUUUCACACGCCCAGCCGCCGGCCGUCGCCUCCUGCCCGCUCAACUUCACAAUCCUCAGCGACCUAAUCACCGACUCCAAACCCGCUAACAUCGGACCCAAUCAAGAGUGUCAGUACAUCAAAAAUGGUUUACGACUCGUCGAGUCCCACUACCUCCAGCAGACAAACUCGUUCUUACCUCCACUCAACUCAGCCGAGUCAUGCUGGCGAGUUUAUCAAAAUUUAGUCGACCGUUAUAUCGCUAACUUCGAUGUUCGGUCCUCUUGCGGUUAUAACACCAGCUGGAUCUCUCAAGGGUGCAUGAAUAUCACUACAAGAUCACAAUUCGAAGCAUUAAUUCCGAAUUCUUCGUUAAACGACGUCGCUCGGAGCUGUAAUCAACCAUUAGAGAAUAACUCACCAUGUGCGGCGUGUACUGCAAGCUUGUCGAGGCAGCAGGCGUCGUAUUUGACCGGUAAAUCAGUUGGUAAUUUAUCUGAUUGUUUAGCGUAUCCAGCAAUUUAUGCCGGGGCUUUCUUGAACCGGUUUGGUCCGGCCGAUAGAGGUACUGCUAAGUGUUUGUUCUUGUUAGAUUUUGAAACUAAAACCAAUCGUAAAAAUAAGAAAGUUUUGAUUUUGAUUUUGAUUUUUGUGAUUUUGGGUGUUGGGUUGUUGGUAAUAGUUUGUGGGUAUUGGUUUAUAAGGAGAAAAUAUGGGGGAUUAAGGAAGAUUAAGAGAAAAAGAGAUAAACUUGGUCAAAGAAUCGAGAUGGGUGGUGGGUUAAGUUCCGGUUUAGAGUCGAUUAGUGAGAGUACCAAUUUGGUUAGGUUUAAAUUUGAUGAGAUUAAAGAAGCAACUAGGAAUUUUUCUAGGGAUAAUAUUAUUGGAAGAGGAGGUUAUGGAAAUGUGUAUAAGGGUGUAUUGCCUGAUGGAACUCAAGUUGCUUUUAAAAGGUUUAAGAAUUUAACUGCUGCUGGUGAUUCUAGUUUUGUGCAUGAAGUUGAGGUUAUUGCAAGUGUUAGGCAUGUUAAUCUUGUUGCGUUGAGAGGGUACUGUACCGCCUCGACGCCUUUUGAGGGUCAUCAGAGGGUUAUUGUGUGCGACUUGAUGAAGAACGGAAGUUUAUAUGAUCAUUUGUUUGGUGGUGUGAAGGAAAAGCUUAGUUGGCCGAUCAGGCAAAAGAUUGCCUUAGGGACUGCGAAGGGUUUAGCUUAUUUGCAUUAUGCAGUUCAACCCGGAAUCAUUCAUAGGGAUAUUAAAGCGAGUAAUAUACUUUUGGACGACAAUUUUGAACCGAAGGUGGCGGAUUUUGGACUAGCAAAGUUUACGCCAGAGGGUGCGACGCAUUUGAGUACUAGGGUAGCUGGUACUAUGGGAUAUGUUGCUCCUGAGUAUGCUCUGUACGGGCAAUUGACGGAGAGGAGCGAUGUGUAUAGCUUUGGUGUUGUGCUUCUCGAGCUUUUGAGUGGCAAGAAGGCGCUGGUUAUGACCGAAGAUAGCCAGCCUGCUCUUGUGACCGAUUGGGCUUGGUCAUUGGUUAGGAAAGGGAGGAUUUUAGAUGUUGUUGAAGACGGGAUGCCGGAUUUAAUCCCUGGUGAUGUUGUGGAGAAAUAUAUUUUGGUUGGACUUCUUUGUUCUCAUCCACAGUUACAUGCUCGGCCAACUAUGGAUCAGGUUGUGAAAAUGUUGGAGAUGGAUCAGCCCAUUCCAACUAUUCCGGAACGGCCGAUUCCUCUCGUGGCUGAGAUGGAUGAUAUCGAGAGGUCUGUAAGCAGUUGUGGUGGGUCUGGUCAGCUCUCUACCUCUGGUGGCUACCAGUUAUAUUCAUUCGAAAACAAUCCUGGUACGAGCUUUAAGGAUGAAAGACAUUCAUUCGAAAAUACCUCGGGUUCGAGCUUUAAGGAUGAAAGACUUAGUUCAGACACUAGACCAGUAGAAUUGUUGUAAAUUAUGUAGAUUGAGCAUGGAGGAUCAUUGAACUCUCUCCAAUGGAAUUCAUAAUGCGGCUGGAAUAGCCUACAUGGUCAUCUACUACUGGAUAGUCAGGGCAGUGAUUGAAAAACCGGACCGGAUUGGCCGGUUGAACUGAGAACUGGUUGGCUGUCCGGUUCAAUUGACUCUAAAAUUGGAUUCAUAGUCCAACUGAUGUCCACUAAAUCGAAUCAGGGAACUGGAAUGAAUUGGCAAUUGAACCGGUUGAACUGUCAGUUAGAUUAGGUUGUACCGCGUUAGGACCAAAAACUGUGUCCGAAAUAUAUUUUUCAUGUAAAUUUUCUCAACCAGUUCAACCAACAUAUCAACUGGUUGAACCGGACACUGGUAUCUUACUGUUCGGCCAGCGGUUUAAUUUUUAAAACAAUGAUUCUGGCCGUGACAUGCAGGUGGAAGAUUAAAUUGGAUUGAACAUUUAUUAGUUGGUCUCCGUAGAAAUUUUAAUUGAAGGAAUUUUAUGUGCUCGUGGAGCUGGCUUUUAUUGAAUUUUAUGAUGAGAUCAUGAGAAUACAAAGUUGAGUGACCGCCACCCUGCCCUUUGUUCGGUCCCUCUUUGUCAAUAGAAAUAGAUAUACUGCCAUGAAUUAUUAAAUUUUAGGAGUAUUGACAUAUUAAAAUUUAAUUUAUAAUAAUUUUAGCGAUCUAA